AUGAAGAGGUUCUUCAGCAAGAGGCAGAGGCAGCCGCCAUUUGGCAGCACUUCCCUGCCCUUCGUCGCCGCUGCCAGCGAGAUCCAGGAGAAGGAAGUGAGCAGACUGCACUGUGCAGCUGCCAGCGGCGACCUGGCCCAGGUGCAGCGGCAGCGAUGGCUGCUGAGACUAAGCAUCAACAGGCAGGACAAGGAGAAGCAGACCCCUCUGCAUCUUGCUUGUGCUAACGGGCAUUCGGAGGUUGUUACCUAUUUAAUAGAAAACAAAUGCAAACUAAAUCCUUGUGACGGUUUCAAGAGAUCACCACUGAUGAAGGCAGUACAGUGCCAGCAAGAGCAAUGUGUUGCCAUUCUGCUAGCGCAUGGUGCUGACCAUAGUCUUGCAGAUGCUAAUGGCAACACUGCCCUUCACCUCGCUGCGAGAGCUCCUAACACCUCUCUAGCAGGUCAGUUACUCGAGCACAAUGCCCAUAUUGAGGCACAGAAUAAGAUGGGAUAUACACCCCUUUCUCUUGCCGUAUCUGAACAUCACAAAGAAAUGGUGGAGUUCCUGCUUCAAAAGGGAGCUGAUGUGCAUGCUCGCGAUCCAGGUGAAAGGACCCCUCUAAUGCUUGCUGCCUCUGCUGGGGACAUGAGUGUAAUAGAAGUUCUUCUUCAAUAUGGUGCUGAUCUUUCCCAGAAAGACAGUCUUGGAUGGACAGCUGAGGAUUAUGCUAGGACUUAUGGACAUGAUCGUAUUACUAAACAACUGGCAGACUAUGCAGAUGGGGAAGAUGCAGGAGAAGCUUCUGCAAGCAGGGCAAAAGGCAUGCCAGUGCUUAGCAGUCCUCCCAGGGCAGGAUCUGCUAGCUUUGCAUUAGGUGCACCUGCUCUGGACGGAGAAACAAGGAAUGACUUUUCCCAUGAAUGCUUCAUAGGAAUGUGUGAGGAAGAAGAGAGUGAUGAGAGCUGUCCUGCUUCUGAGAAGGAAAAACUCAGUUUAACUGCCAAGGACGAAUCACCUGAAAGGGAGGGAAAGGAGGCUACUGAUGGUUCUCAAGUCCCAUAUGAUGCAGAAGACCCUGCUGGUGUGAGAGAUGUUACACUGGCAGCAGCAGUGGACCAGAAGGAAGACCCAAGAGAUUCUAAGAGCCUGCAUUCCUUGCCUGCAUGCCUGAGUCCAGAAGCAGCAGUGAAAGUUGAGGUGUCUGAAGACAAGAGAGAAAAGUUCGAAGGACACGAGGCUGCCACAACACAAACAGAUUUUCAGUACGACGGACAGGCUGUAGCUGGACAGCUGCAGGAGGAGGUUGCUAAUGCUCUUGAAAAACAGUUGAUUCCAGAAGGUUCACUUGAAGUUGCAAAGCUUUACUGCAAUGAACUGAAAGAAGACAGAUUGCGGUUACAAGAGGAAUUGGACAGGGUUAAAGCCCAGUUGCAGGAGUCAGAAGAAAAGCAUAUACAAUCUGAGCAAUGUGUUCAGGAUUUGAAGACAACCCUGGAAAAUAAGCAAAGAGAAACAAUAGCUUCUUCGCAGAAACUGCAAGACCUUCUGAAAGCCUCUUUAGGAGCUGUUAAUUUAAAACAACUGGAAGAACGAGUGGGACGACUUGAACUUGAAAAUACCAGACUGGAAGGCACAGCCCAACAACAGACCCGUAGAAUCAAAGUUCUUCAGAAAGACCUGCAAGCCUCUUGCUCCCUGCAAGUUCAUAGUCGCCUGGAGGACUUGAUCACUGGCUUACGGACAAAAAACGUGCCUUCAGAGAAAUACCAAAAUCAGCACUGUAAGAGCAAAAGAAAGCCAUGGAAGACCCUGGCAGAAUGGACACAACCAACGGAAGCCCGUCUGGAGCAAGAAAUGGUAAGAAACACUGAACUGCAGAAAGAAUGCAACAGGUCCAAGAGGCUUCUGGAAAAGGCUAUGAAGAAACUGAGGGUGUAUGAGAGGCGAGAGAGUGAAUCCCAGUUGAAUUUCCAGGGCAAAAUGGAGGAUACGUGUUCUGGAACGGACAGUGAAGUUGAUAGAUUAAGAACGAGGGUCCAUGAACUUUCACGCUGGCUAGAGGCAGAGCGGAGAACCUCAAGGCAGCUAGAAAAAACGAACAAAAGUUUGCAACAAGAGUUGGUUUUGAUGCAUGGGAGCUUGGAAAAACUGCGGAAGAGAAAGCGGCAGCUGGAAGAAGAGGAGGUUUUCCUCAGGUGUCAGUUAAACGUCAAGAUGAUGGAUCACAGCCAGAGAGAACAAUAUAAAAGGGAGAGUGAACAAAGGGCUGGGCAAGAGCUACGGCAAAAACUACAGGAAGUCAAUCUAUUUCUGCAGACACAGGCAGCCAUCCACGGCAGACUAGAACAAGUAAGAGCCAGUACUCAAGCUUCCGUGGUAGACCAACUGCAGCAGAGAAUUAGAGAUUUAGAAUUGGAAUUGGCUUUCAGAAAACAGGUGCACUGA